CUCNGACCCGGUCCAUUCAGUCACACCGAGGAGCGGCGGAGGCUCCGGGUCUUCUUGCCGAACUUUACCGUCUUUCAUCGUCUCCUCCGCGGGUCGGACAAACAACGGAGACCCGAGAGAAGAACCGACAGCCUGACAGCCGCCGGCAUGAAGAAGAACAGCUCCGAGAAACGGGUGAAGGAGCUGGGUCGGGCCGAUGAGGUCCUGGACCUGUCUGACUAUGAGCGCUGCGAAGAGAUCAGAAAGAACAAGAGCCGCAGCAAAAAGAACCACAGCAAGUUCAGACUGCAGCGCUGCAGCUCACCUGGCAACACGGCUACUAACAUGGUCUUCCUGGCUGUCAGUCCAGAAGACAAAGAGUCCUGGAUCAACAUCCUGAACACGGCCAUCACCAGAGCCAAGAACCGGAUCCUCGAUGAGGUGACGGUCCAGGACUCUCAGCUGUCUCACCUGACCCGGGACCGGGUCAAGAUCCCUCACAACCGCCGGCUGCCGACCCGAGGACACCUGCUGGCUGUGGCCUCCACCUCCUCCCCAGACGGGGUGCUGACUCUGGACCUGAUCCAGGAGGAGGACACUGCGUCUCAUCUUGGCCUCGACAUGGGCUUCAGGGAAGACCCGGAGUCCCUCCUCGGUCCAGACUGUCCCAGGUCCAGAACGGACGGCGAGCUCUCGGCUCGUGCUGCCGAGCCUUCUGGGAAGUCUCAGAGUCUUCCUCGGGAGACGGUGGUCUGGGAGAAGGCGGGCCAGGUCCAGACUUCCCCGUCAGAUCAACGUCCCCCCACCGCCGAGAAGAACCGUUGCUCCUCCAUGGACGAGAUUCUGACUCCCUCAGAGUCCAAAUCAACGAAGACCAGAACCCCGGUGACCUCGCCGCGCUCAGGCUCCGCCCCCUCCGACCCAACAGCACCAAUCAGCCGACUGCAGGAGCUCAUCAGCCAGAACCUGGAGCGGACGGAGCGCCUGCUGACCGAGGUCCGGGCUGACGGGGAGCCAGCGAAGUCCAGCGGGGUCAAAGUGUCUCCUGAGGGGGCACAGGCCCAGACACAGAGACUCCUGCAGGAGGCGGUGGACACCUGGAACCAGGCCCAGGAGGUCCUGGAGGAGGUGAAGGAACUGAGGGCGUUGUACCGACAACUAGACUCCUCCUCCUCAUGGUCCCCCUCCAACAGCUCCAAACUGAGCCAGAACUGCAAGAGCCUCAUGUAGGCCGGCAGCUUGGACUGGUCCAGGACAAGACACAGAACUCAGACCCGGGUCUGGGUCUACGAUGAACCACUUUCAGGUUCUGUUCAGAGUCCGUGUUCAGGAAAUGUUUUUGAAAGUUGUAGUGGGUCCCAAGACCGGACUAAACCUGACCCACAUAAACCAGACUGAAGAGGACUCUGUGGUCCAACCAAACCAGGUUCAACAGAGUCCAUCAGGUCCAACAAAACCAGGUUCAACAGUGUCCAUCAGGUCCAACAAAACCAGGUCCAACAGAGUCCAUCAGGUCCAACAAAACCAGGUCCAACAGAGUCCAUCAGGUCCAACAAAACCAGGUCCAACAGUAUCCAACAGGUCCAACAAAACCAGGUCCAACAGAGUCCAUCAGGUCCAACCAAACCAGGUCCAACAUAGUCCCUUAGGUCCAGCAGAAGUAAAAUAGCCUUUGGCUAACUCUGGCACAUUUACAGAAAUGUCAGUUAAUGUGCACUGUCCCUUCUAAAUAAAUGAAGUAAACCCAACAGAAUCAGGUCUAAGAGUCCUCAGCUCAGUCUGGAUCUUUUGUUUGGAGUCGGGCCCUGGAAGAACCGGUGAGUGGGUCUUGGUCCACUUGGAGUUUCAUGUUCUGACCUGUACUCGUUCUGACCCUGUUCUGGUCUAGUUUGGGUCAGAAGUGUCCUGUUGAUAAAAACUGAGUUCUGUUGUGUUUGGUUUGGUUCUGUUGGGUGUGAUCCACAAACAGCAGUCAGGUUCUUCUGGUACCAGGUUGUGUUAGUUGGUACAGUAUGGGACCUGUUUGAUGCAGCUUCCUGUUUUCUCAGGUUAAUGUUAGGUUCAACCCAAACCUGAGAUUAAAGUUUAUUUUUCUAAACAGAUUUUUGUACUUGUUUCACUUUGUAGCAAUAAAAAACAAAAAGCUUCUAACUCUCAGGUUCUGGACCAUCAGAACUCAAGAGUCCAGGUUCUAGAUGUCCUGAUGAUGUCAGCUUCCUGUUCACAUGUGUAAACAAUGUUUGCUGUUGAUGUAGCCCUAAAGCUGCAGGGCAUGAUGGGAGAUGUAGUUCAGUGGAGCAGCUGAGAGUCCUGAACUGUUCAUGUGCUAAAAUAAAAACUGCUAGCUAACA